AUGGCAUCCGCUGUAGGAAUUGGAUCUAGUACAAUUCGACCAUUCAAGAUAUCCGUUACAGAUGAACAAUUAGUAGCUCUGCGUCAGAAGUUGGCGCUUACUUCUUUCCCAGACGAGGUCGACCGCGACCAGCCUGAAGAAUGGAGCAUGGGGGCCCCCCUAGGCGAUAUCAAACGCUUGACACAGUACUGGAAGGACUCCUUCGAUUGGCGCAGUGCCGAGCGCGAAUUGAAUGAGACUCUCCCGCAAUUUGUUACCACUGUGCCUGUCUCGGGCUUUGGCGAGCUUGAUAUACAUUUUGUGUAUAAACAAAGCAAAACCCAGAGAAAGAGAAAAGCGAUUCCAUUGCUCUUUCUUCAUGGAUGGCCUGGUAGUUUCAUUGAAGUGAAGAAAGUCCUACCUCUCUUGACCGAAGUUGGUGAAGGCGAUGAAGAUUUACCUGUUUUUGACGUAGUCGCGCCUUCGCUACCCAACUUUGGAUUUUCUGAAGGUCCUGCAAAGAAAGGGUUCGGGCUUGCUCAAUAUGCGGAAUCGAUGCAUGCCGUGAUGAUGGCGCUUGGGUACCCGAAUUACGUCGUCCAAGGAGGUGAUUGGGGGUCGUUCAUUGCUCGCGCCAUGGGCACGCUUUACCCCAACCAUGUCAAAGCAAUCCACCUCAAUUUCAUAGCCAUAACCCCUCCAUACCCAUGGAGAAACCCGCUGUUAUUUUUGCGAACACUUUUCACCUUUCCAUUCUCCCGAGACCAAAAAUUGAAAAUCGCAGUCACUCAAAACUACAUUGGAGAAGGAAAUGGCUAUGCCAAACAGCAGGAUACGCGCCCACAGACACUAGGGUACAGCCUCAGCGACAGUCCAGUUGGAUUGUUAGCUUGGAUAUAUGACAAACUACAUACAUGGACAGAUUCAUACCCCUGGACAGAUGAUGAGAUUCUGCAGUGGGUCUCUAUAUAUGCUUUCUCGCGAGCGGGCCCAGCUGCUUCUCUGCGUAUAUACUACGAGUCGAUGCAUCCGUUGAAAUCAGACCCAGCAAACCUUUCCCGUGAUGAAGUCAUCUCGCGCCCUCUUCCAUCUAGCGUUAAAGUCGCCAUGGCAAACUUCCCAAAGGAGAUACUACAGUUUCCAACGAGUUGGAUACAAGCGGCCGGUAAUGUGGUCCGAGAAACUGAUUAUGAUAAAGGCGGCCAUUUUGCUGCAUGGGAAGUCCCUGAAUUGCUGGUCCAAGACGUUAAAGCUUUUCUGGCCAAGUCAGGAGCAGGCUACGGUGCGGUAUCUGGACAGGACGGCUACUGA